AAGACUAAUUCAUGGCAGAAUACAAACAGCACCAACGCCUAUUUGACCGUUUUGAUGAGAACAGAGACGGGAAAAUAUCAGCUGAGGAGCUUCAACAGUGUGUCCAUUUGAUCGGGAAAGACAUGUCAUAUGAGGAAGCAAAGGCUGCAGUUGAGCAUAAUGAUUCAGACAACGAUGGCUUAUUGGAUUUCGAAGAUUUUGUGAGACUAAUUGAAGGUGGAAGUGAAGAAGAGAAGGCACACGAGUUGAAGGAGGCGUUCAGGAUGUAUGAAAUGGAAGGAUGUGGAUGCAUAACGCCUGAGAGUUUGAAUAGAAUGCUUGCUAGAUUGGGAGAAUCAAGAACAAUUGAUGAAUGCAGAGGAAUGAUUUGCCGAUAUGAUAUUGAUGGCGAUGGUCUCCUUAAUUUUCAUGAGUUUGAGAUUAUGAUGCGUUGCUAGUAUUACUG